AUGGCGGCCACUCGGGAUCCCGUCCGGGAUCUCUGCGAGGAAGCCACUUGCCCCAUCUGCCUGGAGUAUUUCAGGGAUCCAGUGAUCAUUCAUGAAUGUGGGCACAACUUCUGCCGAUCCUGCCUGAUCCAGUGCUGGGAGAAAUCUGAGGGAGAGGCUUCCUGCCCUCAGUGCAGGGAAACAGUGGAGCAAAGCAGCAUCAGGCGAAACCAGCAGCUGGCAAAUGUUGUGGAAAUAGCCAAGAAAUUUAGUCAUCUGGGGGGGAGAGAGGAGGGAGAAGGAAAAGGAAGGGUCUGCGAGAAGCACCAGGAGCCCCUGAAGCUGUUCUGCAAGGAGGACCAAAGCCCCAUCUGUGUGGUGUGUGACAGAUCCAAGGAGCACAAAGGCCACGAGGUGGUUCCUCUGGAGGAGGCGUCCCAGGAGUACAAGGUAGGAAAAGGCAGUGGGUCUUUUCUUGGGGGGAUGGGGUGGGGGUGGAAUAGCUGCAGACAAGAGGGGCUUGCAAAAUAAAAAUUAAAUAUAAAAUGUUCCAAUAUAUUCAAUCCUCUUGCAGCCCAAAAGGAAUCCUCCAACAAGAGAUCUUGUGCAGCCUGAUAAGACUAAACUUCUGAAACUUUAUACAAUAAACAUUUUUCUUUUUGAGGGAUUAAAGUGCACCGCCUGAAUGCAGGCUGCACUAACUCCCCUGGAGGAAAAGAUUGCAACAUCGAGGAUUAAUUUAAUAAAAAGGAGGGGGGAGAUGUUGGAGGUGUGUUCAGUGUGGGGGACAAAUAGCAAAACCCCCAUGUUUCUCAGCUCUGAUAUAGGGCAGCCCCAUUUCUGCCUCAUCUGGGAUGAAAAAGGGGAACCUCUGCAAAAGACCCAGGGAUGUGGGGCAGGGAGCAAACAUAGGAUUCAGCUUGCCUGUCAGUGUGUAACGCAGCCCAACUUUGAUUUUGUUUUCUUUUCAGGAUCAGAUCAGCAGCUGCCUAGACAAUGUGAAGAAGGAGAGAGAGAAAAUUCUGAAAUUUAAAGCAGACACAGAAAAGGAAAGCCAAGACCUGCUUGUAAGCACCAUUGUUACUGCUUCAAGAUGAAAAAUGCUAUAGUCUAGAAUCAAUAUGGGGGGGGGGGCGCGGAAAUGAAUAUGGAAUACAGAAAGGGGUUUCUUUUUGAACAGCCUGAUCUCCUACAGAGCAUGAAAGGCCAUUUAAAGGAGGGGGUGGGCUUGUAAGUUUUUAUGAAGCUCUUUCUCUGCUGAAUAUGUCAGAAGUGGCCUUCCAAGGGAAUUCGGAUAACUGCCCUCUUCAUCCUGCAAGAGCAGACUAGAUGCCUGAUAUUGGCCCACUCUUCUCUUCUUUCAACCUCUUUGCUGCAGAAACAAACAGGUGCAGAGAGGGAAAAGAUGGUGGCUGAGUUCAGGCGAUUGCGCCAGUUUCUGGAAGAAGAGGAGAAACGUAUUCUGGCCCAGAUGGCAGAAGUAGAGAAGGAGAUUGCAGCCAAAAGGGAGGAGCACCUGGCCAGACUCUCCAGGGAACUCUCCUCUCUUGAAGGCCUCAUCCGGGAGAUGGAGGAGAAGCUUCAGGAACCAGCGAGUGAACUCCUGCAGGUCAGGCUUCAUCCUGAUGUGAGAGGGUGGAGUGUGAUGCUUCAAACCACAGGCAUUUUUUAGUCACAUAAAAAUGUUGCUGAAAAGUAAACCGUACAUGAAGGGUGAAAGGUGUCAGUCCUGGGGACGCAGAAGGGCCCCUGCUAGAUCAAACCACAGGCCCCUUCAUUCUAGCAUCAUGUUCUCUCAUUGGCCAACCAGAAGUCUCUGAGAAGCCUAAAAAACAGUAGUGCUCUCCAAACCUGUGAUCCCCAGCAGUUGCCACUCAGCUGCUUAGUAUUUAUAACUGACUGCAGAAAUGGCUCCACUGACAUCUUUCUUUCCUUCCAGGAUAUUGGAAGCUUCUUGCAGAGGUAAGUGAUGGAAAACCCCUGCCUUAUUCUGAUGCUAUGAAAGUUCCAGUUUAACAGGUGGGAAACUCAGUCUCCACUUCCUCCUUCCAGAGAUAGUUUAGAACUUCAUCGUCAAUUUCACAAAAUCACAGACAACAACAGCGACACAUUUUUGUGGUAGUUUGUGGUAUCAGGAACUGGAGUUCAAAGGCACCACUGCCUUUGACCUAGUCAUCGUGAAUAGUAGCCGCUGAGAGCCUUGUCCUCCAGACAACUUCAAACAUUCCUGAAUUCUGAGAAUCUUCCAUGUUUAGAAAAUAUUGCUUUAAUUUCCAAUAUUUUCUCCAUUUUUAAAUGUAGCCACUGUGCUAAAAUACAUUUCUAAUGUUAAUCGCAAAAACCAUUCUAAAUCAUUCUGCACUUCCUUAUAUUUCAGAAAUGUACAUACCAGAUCUAUUUUGUUCUACUCAUUAAGGCUUCACUAAAACUGGUGUAGUCCUAACAUCUCUGCGUAAGGACCCAGUAUUGUUCACUUUUUUCAAAAAAAUAGUUUGCAUAUAUCAGCUUCUUUACCUUCAAUCUCAUAUUCAUAUAUUUCCUUCAGUAUAUUUUAGUUUUCCUUCAACUCGUUAGGUGUUCUCUAGAUCCACACAUCAACCACAUUCUUUUUUUUUAUAAGAUAUUUAUUAAGAUUUUUAAAAUGUUACAAUAAUAAAGAAAUAAAAAUAAUAAAAAAGCAAAAUAACAAAAAUACAAAAAACAUACAACAUAAAAAUGAUUAAAAACACACAUAUUUUCAAUUACUUAUUUUCCCUUGCCUUCUUUCCCGGACCUCCUCAUACCUCCCCUUUUUGUAUUCCACUUCAAUCUGUAGGUUCAGCAAAUCCUUUUUAAAAAAAUUAAUUAUAUUAAAUUUUUGCCAAUUUAAAACCCUUUUUUCUCCUAUUCCCUUAAAGCAUUACAGCUGGAAACCACUUAUUUACUUAUCCAACAUCAUUCUAACAUUCAUUGAUUUUGCAAUAUUUCUGUAGGUAAUCUUUAAACUUCUUCCAAUCUUCUUCCGCCGACUCUUUUGCCUGGUCUCGGAUUCUGCCGGUCAUUUCUGCCAGUUCCAUAUAGUCCAUCAACUUCAUCUGCCAUUCUUCCAAAAAUCAACCACAUUCUUGCCAUAGGAAAACCCUGCUCCCAAGUCUUCAUUAUGGCUUUGUUGUCAGGAUGAGACACCUGCCUUGUCAGAAAGCUCCUUGUAUUGGAAGGAUGGUGGCUUGACUUUGUUCUCCUCCUCCCAGGUCUCAGGAGAAGGAGAACUUGGAGGAUCCUCCUGUGGCUUUUCCCCCUGAUGUGAAGUGGAAGAUUUGGGACUUCAGCGAUAUAAAUCCCUUCCUGGAGGGUCUCAUGAAUAAAUUCAGAGGUAGUAAAGAAGGGCUGAAAGUAUUGCUAGCUGGAUGUUUAGAAGUGUUCAUAACAAGCUCCAGGUCAUAGGGAAUAUUAGCCAAUCCAGGAAAAUAGAAGGUUUAUUUAUUCCAUUUCAAUAUCUAAAAGUCACACUUUCAUAUGUAGAUGACUCACAACUGAUUUUUCUUAUGCAAUUGAGAUGGGAUGGUAAACCCUUCUUGCUGGACUCCGGAAACUCUUGCAAGAUCUUGGGGGAGCCUGGCCAGCACACAAAUCGCUUUUAAGACCUCUACCAUGAUUACGGGGCUCUGAGAGGCUCCUGCGAGAUCUCAUGGGGCCGUCUUGGGAUCUCUGAUGGCAGGGGUGAUUCUGGGGGUUUUCCGACUUUGCACGAUUUGCUUUCAUGCAAAAUCCCCAAGAAUGUAACCCUCCCUUAAGUUGUGAGUUGUCUGUAAAAACUUGUCCUUGACCUCUUCACUUCUCUCAGCCAGGCUUUGGGUGCUUUCACGCAUCUCACCCUUUUCCCAAGUAGCCUCACCUACAGCUUUUCAGACGUCUCCUCUGUUUCUUUGGCCCUGAGAUUGAUGUAAGGUGGGCAGAAGGGGGAAGGAGGGGGGCUGUCCAGGAGCCGUCCAGGAGCAGAGGGGACUGGGGUUGAGGCCUCCCGUCCUGCAACAGGGGUGUCUGGACCUUGUUGUUGAUGGGGAGAUGUUCCGGCGGCCCUGCUCCUCCCCCCAAUAUUUGGGCAGGUCUGAACCUUGACAUCACCCCUGCCCUGGUUAUGCAGGGAAAGCCAGCAUGGAGAGUUUCAUUUUAAGGUAGGUUUCAGGUAGUUUCAGGUAGGUUUAACUGCCAACUCCCAUAAUCUCCAGCUGGCGUGGCCAGUGGUUGGGGCUACAAGCUCAUGAGCUCAUAUUGUUCUUUCCAGAUUUGUUUUCUGAAUGAAGGUGUGAUGCUAAAUCUCUGUUUCCUUUUCUUUCCCAGACACUGUGGAAUAUGGACUUCAGCUGCAAAAAGGUACAUUUCCGGGUCAAACAGAGGCACAAAUUCGGGAGAGAUGAGAUCUACUUCUCAAAAGACCAGGCCACUGCAGCUCUUCCAUCCAUUCCUUAUUUUCCCUUACACUGGUACCUCGGGUUACAGACGCUUCAGGUUACAGACUCCUCUAACCCAGAAAUAGUGCUUCUGGUUAAGAACUUUGCUUCAGGAUGAGAACAGAAAUCGUGCGGCGGCAGCGGGAGACCCUAUUCGCUAAAGUGGUACCUCAGGUUAAGAAUAGUUUCAGGUUAAGAACGGACCUCCAGAACAAAUUAAGUUCUUAACCCAAGGUACCACUGUAUUUCCCAGAGGCAUCUGUUCAGUGAGAGCAGCAUGCUGGGCUAGAUGGGCUCUUGGCCUGAUCCUGCAGACUCUUAGGAAGCCCCCAGCCCAGGAUGGCUGGCUUUUCUGUGCCGAAUCUCACUAAGACACAGGGGUGGUGUGAAGCCAAAGGCUCCCGGCACAUGAGGGGGAAAUAUCCCUUUGAGCCAUACAAGAUCCCCACCCCUUUUAGGAGAGUUUAUGUAAGAGUAAGGUGUAAGAGUGGGAAAUACAUGAACACAAAUAGCUCAGAAAAUGGAUGCCACUACUUUUGGGGGCUAGAAGGUGAAUGGGUUCUGGUGUCAGUGGAGGGAGCUGGGGGCUGCCUGAGUGUGAACUCCAGGGGUCCGGCUUCCCUGCAAGAUUGGGGGUCUUCCCUCAGCCUUUGUGGUGGAGGGGAGACAUGACUUCUCUGCUUAAACUAGAGAAACUUGAGUAAACUUAAAAGAGCAGGACAGAAUUACAGCACAUACCAGGGGAAAUGGCUCAAUAGGAAGACAGAAGUCCAGUCUGGCCUGAUCCUGGACACCACAAAAAGGGAAUCAUAAGAGCUGGGAAAGGUGCAUCAGGUGGCAGCAUAAAGGAAACUCUUACUUAUCUUCAAAAUUAUAUUCUAGGAUUCUUUUAGACAACAGCAGUGAAUAAAAUGCGUAAAGGCUAAUCAAGACAAUAAAAAACUAGAAAAACCAAUUACAUUUUUUUUAAAAAAAGACUAAUAGCAGCACUGGCAACAUCCCACAUCACGCUUAAUCUCCAAAGGCUGCUGUACAAAUGUGUGUCUUUAAAAAGAAAUCACUUGACUAACUUUCUGUAACAUGGGGAGCAGGUGAGAGGACUGCAGAGCAGAUCUUCUUCCUAAUGUCCACUAGCCUGACCAAGUUUAAAUGGGCUUCUCAUUCUGCUUCCAUUGCCCACCUUUUCCAUAAAUGUGAGGAACAGUGAAGAAAAAGAUGAAUCAUAUAGCCAAUCAGGCCUGGGGAACCAGGAUGGGGUCUUUGUGUUGAAGGUGACAGGUGGGAAUGGCACUUCCUAGGUUUUACUGGGUUUGGCUUUAACACACACACACACACACACACACACAGAGAGAGAGAGAGAGAGAGAGAGAGAGAGAGAGACAGACAGACAAUGUAAUAGACGUCAAUUCAAAAGAUAGAACUAUCCAUUUUCUGCAUCGCUCUUACCAAACCACAAGUGAUAAUCAAGUUUGUUUUUGGCUGACUUCUCAUAGUUUGCCUGGGGGAAACAGACCAUAGGCCCACACUACAGAACGUGGAACAGAGUCCCUCAGAAAGUGGUGGACUCUGCUUCCUUGGAGGUUUUUAAGCAGAGUUGGGUGGCCCCCUGUGGUAGAUGCUUUAAUUCAGAUUUCUGCAUUGCAGGGGGUUGGACUAGAUGACCCUUGGGGUCCCUUCCAACUCUACGAUUUCACAAUGUUCUUUCAAGAAUCCCAAGCAGGACAUUUCACACAAUGGGGUCGUGGUAGCCUAACCACUUUCUUGCUUUUUAUAAACUACCUGGAAGGAUGGGGUCUAACAUUACAUUAAACAUUAAACUGGUUAGAAAAAGAGCGAGAGCACUUGCUGCCAGUUUUACCUGGUAUGUCAAGCAUGGUCUGUGAUGUGAGGUAGAAGAUUAAGAUGUGAUUUAGGGAGUCCCUGCUUUGACUCCCUUCUGCCAUGAACUGUGGGCGGUGGGGGUGCCCUUAGACAAGCCACUGUCUCUCAGCCUUAGUUUUCCCAUCUGAAAAAUGGGCAUAGUAAGAUUGAUCAACUUACAGGGUCAUUGCAAGGGUUCUAUGUAGAUAAUAUGUGAACCCUUGAAAGAACUGCGGAUGUUUCAAGAAUCCUUAUUAAGAACUUGAUGAACAUCCCUAUCUCGAAUGCAGAGCCAUGGAGUCCCUGUUCAUUUCAGAGAGGAUGCUCUUUCUGUCAUGUGCCUAAAGGAAAGUCAGCUUCCCCGUUGACGUCGUUUCUCUUCUCUUUCCUCAUCUGCCCCCACAGAAAAUGUAACUUUGGAUCCAGACACAGCAAAUCCCUACCUCAUCCUGUCUGAGGAUCGAAAGAGAGUGAGACGGGGAGACGUCUAUCAAGACCUGCCAGACAACCCUGAGAGAUUUGACACAUACUUCUAUGUGUUGGGAUUUGAGGGUUUCACAUCAGGCAGACAUUUCUGGGAGGUCACUGUGGGAAGGGAGGAGAGAUGGGGGGUGGGGGUUGCUAGAAAGUCUGUGAAGAGGAAGGGUGGUUCCUCUUUUGGUCCUACGGACGGGAUCUGGGGUUUCGGGAAGUGGGACGGAGGGUACGUCCCCCGUAAGGCCCCUGUUCCAAAUGAGGAGCCCAAGAGGAUCCGAGUGGCCCUGAACUGUGAAGGGGGACGGGUGUCCUUUUACGAUGCCGAUACAGCAGUCCUCCUCUACACAUUCCCAGCAGCCUCCUUCUCAGGAGAGACCCUCCAGCCCUUGUUUUACGUGAGGAAGAACGAGAACCUGAGACUCUCUUGA